UCCCUUUCACCCACAUGUCGCUAGAUGUCGUAAAAUUAGAGCAUGGCCUACUUUGACGAGAGAAGCGGUUACAUCCCUUGUAAGACAGACUGGGGACAGUGGUGGCAGACUAUUGAGGAGGUGUACAUCGAAGUGAACGUGCCUCAGGGAACACCAGCCAAGGACAUCAAGUGCACGUUUUCCCCGAAGCAUAUUAAAAUUACGGUGAAAGGACAAACAGUCAUUGAGGGGGACUUUCCAAGUACAAUACAUGCGGACGAAGCUGUGUGGACACUAGAGGACAAGAAAUUCCUGAGGGUGUGUCUGCCUAAAAGUCGCGUUGUUGCUGAGAACUGCUGGGACACGCUGCUUGUGGGGCAGUACAAAACUGAUCCAUGGACAUUUGAUCAGAUGGAAAAGAAAGUCACUUUACAAAGGUUUCAACAGGAGAAUCCAGGCUUUGACUUUUCUGGUGCAGAAGUCUCUGGAAAUUAUCACAAAGGUGGACCUAAAUUACCAGAUAAUUAGAAACUCGUUGAAUCAACUAACUCUGCUUAUAGUAAGGUGGAUACCAGUAGAUUAAAAUAGUGAUUUACAAGAAAACGCAAAAUUAGACGAUAGGAAGAUACCGGUAUGGAUGAGGAUGAAGAAGUGCCCUGUCCUAAGUGCUCCUUGACCCUGAACACUCCCUAUGUUCUCUGUAAAGAGUGUCCAGGAAUGGUCAAGAUUUGUCUUCAGUGCUUCUCCAAAGGGGCAGAGUUUGGUGGACAUGAAAGUGACCAUCCAUACACCAUUAUCAGAGACGACCUCCCUAUAUUUGAGAACUCUUGGUCAGCAGCAGAAGAGAUGACCUUGCUGAAGGUCAUGGCCGACUGUGGCUAUGGUAACUGGCAGGAUGUGGCCAAUAGGUUGAGAGUGCGAGGAAAGAAUGAAGUGGAGAAACAUUACAAUAAGUUCUUUAUUAACCAGCCUCACCCUGAGCUUCCACAGUUCCCCGAGGCAGACCUGGAGAGGGUUCCCUGCCCAGUGGUGUACAAGCUGUGUGAUGACCCCCCUCGGUAUCCAGACUCCUCACAGGUCUUCCAGUUGAUGGGAGGAUAUAUGGCUGGUAGAGGGGAUUUUAAUGUGGAACAUGAUAACUACCUGGAGCUGGAACUUCGAAAUAUUGACUUCAGUGCCCCUCCAGCUGAGGAGAGAGAUGAACUGGAGGAGAGAUUGAAGUUUGAGGUUUUAGAUGUGUAUCAGAACUGUAUAGCAGAGAGAUGGUGGAGAAGAAAAGUCAUUCGUAAAUAUGGGUUAAUAAAUAUCAGGAAACACAGGCUUUAUCAUGGAAUGUAUCCUUGCAAAUUCAAGGGACUGUUGGACAUGCUUCAUCCUUUCAUGAGACUGUGUAACCCUGAAGACUUUGAUAAAUACACCCAAGCUCUUAGUCUGCAGUUUGAACUAAAGAAAAAUAUCCACAAACUGAUGGAAUGCAGAGAAAAUGGCAUCACGAAACAAAGGAGCGUAAAGAUUUUCCGAGUUUUAAAAAGUCGUAGAGGCGAAAUGAAAUCCCAUCGACAUCUGUUAGAUGACAUUCUUGUUCACGUAAAGGAUGAAUCAGCUUGCCAGUCCUGGCUUCAGAAACAAGCCGUGCUGGAGACGAUGACCAAAGGGGCAGCCAAUUUACCCCUCCCGUCGGUCCCCAGGCGGAUAGCCCCGCCCAUGGACAUAGUAGGUCUGCCAGGGUAUGAGCGCCUGUCAAAAAAGGAGCGUGAAUUGUGUGCUGGUGUGAGAUUGGUUCCUGAAGCAUACCUGGAAUUUAAAGAAAUUCUUGUGGGAGAAUGCAAACGAAACGGUUUCCUAAGAUUGCAACAAGCUAGGACGUUGAUUAAAAUUGAUGUGAACAAAACCAGAAAAUUAUAUGAUUUUCUUGUGUCAGAAGGUAAUCUUACCAAAGAGCCAGGAUGAUGUUUUCUUGUUGCUGGGUUGCUAUGUACUGUGAUGUGUUGAUGUGAUAAAGUGGCAUGAGAACGGUACAGCACUGACUCAUGAGUGAAGAUCAAAAAUUAUUUUUAAAAAAAUUGUUGUUUUCACUGACUGUCAUAAAAUUUUCUUUGUCUGUUUUUUGUAUAACUGUGUUGAUUUGAACUUUUUAUAUUGACCUAAUGUUAGUAAUUUCCAUUCAACCAUCAUGAUCUUCAAUGAAACAUUGCAAAAGUAGUAGGCAAAACAACUAUGUAAAAACAAUCAUUGUAGGUCAUGGACUUUUUGUUUAAUAUGAACAAGUGUGUUUGUUUUUAUGAGUACAAAAAUGUACAUGUGUGUAUUCAAAUUUUCCAAGAUAAAUAUGGCUUAAGGAG